GUAAAGGUUUGAUAUUUGGUGUCCUUUACAUGUAUACGAUCUUGCAUGAAUAAUAAUUUUACAAAAUGCAAUCGCAAUCUUUGGCUUUGAUAUAUAGUUUCCUCUUGCGCAAGUAGAAUUGGGGUUGCAUUUAUUUUGUUUCUCUUAGUGGAAGCUUCUAUUGUCAUGAAAAGACAAUCAUGGCAAAUGGCAUAUGAUAAUUUCCAAAAUAUAUGUUUUUCUCUGGGUACUAUACUUGGUGAGAAUUGCCUACAAAAUGCAGUUUUAUUUGUUUACAUAUAUGAAGUUUUCAACACAAACUAAUUGCUCAAUUUGGAUGGGAUAUUCUCCCAAUGUGUUAUGAUACAGAUGGCACAGACACCACUCCAUGUUUCCGCUGGUUACAAUAAUGUUGAGAUAAUGCAAUUUCUUCUUGAUUGGCCAGGAGCUGAAAAGGUCGAAUUGGAGGCCAAGAACAUGUAUGGAGAGACUCCAUUGCAUAUGGCUGCUAAGAACGGGUGUAAUGAAGCUGUAAAGAUGCUUCUAGCUCGUGGUGCUUUUGUUGAAUCCAAAGCAAAUAAUGGGAUGACUCCUUUGCAUCUGGCUGUCUGGCACUCACUUCGAUCUGAAGACUACUCAGCUGUCAAAACAUUGUUAGAGUCUGAUGCUGAUGGCAGUGCUGAAGACAAUGAGGGCAUGACUCCUCUAAAUCAUCUCUCUCAAGGUCAAGGAAGCGAGAAAUUGCAGAAACUACUCCAUAGGCAUCUUGAAGAGCAGCGGAAACGUAGAGCUAUUGAAGCAUGUAGUGAGACGAAAGCCAAGAUGGAUGCGCUUGAAAAUGAAUUAGCAAGCAUUGUGGGCUUACAUUCACUUAAGUUACAACUUAGGAAAUGGGCAAAAGGGAUGCUCUUAGAUGAGAGACGCCGUGCCCUUGGCCUGAAAGUUGGACCCCGAAGACCUCCUCACAUGGCCUUUCUUGGAAAUCCAGGAACAGGUAAGACCAUGGUUGCUCGGAUCCUUGGAAAAUUACUUCACAUGGUGGGGAUUCUUGCUACGGACAAGGUAACUGAAGUGCAGAGAACAGAUUUGGUUGGCGAGUUUGUUGGCCAUACAGGGCCAAAGACUAGGAGAAAGGUACGACCUCUUCUGAUUCGAUGUUUUAUUUGUUACUGAUUAGAUCUUCUUGUGAUUAUUUAUGAGGUGCAACAUUAUAUUGCAAGUUAAACAACUAGUUUUUCAUAUGUUAACUAGUCUUUUCACACAAGCACCCUGAGGCAUACCAAGUGUGAGUUAUCGGUAGUAACCUCAAAUCUUACGCCUUAAGUGGGCACCUGAUGCAUGCACAUAUUGAUCUUUCUUUUAUGGGAAUUUUCCUGACCAGCAUCAGCUUGGUUUAAACACAAUCGAAACCUAAAUAACUAAAGUAUAAAUAGUUGGAGAUUAGAGGAGAAGAAGU